AUGUCUAGAUCUCAGCAUGCUAAUGAGAUGGAUAGAAACACAAGAUACUUCCAUCAUAUUUCGGCGAGAAGAAGAAAUAACAGAAUAGAGUAUUUGGUAAUUCAUGGGAGGUUAGUGCGGAAUCAAGCAAGGAUCAAAGUUGCGAUCCGGGACUUCUAUAAAUGGCUGUACCACCAAGAAGCUUCUCCAAGUGUGACCUUUAGGGAUGGAUUAGUUAAUCGGCUAGCGAGGGAGGAAGCUGAAGUAUUAGAGGUGAUACCAUCAGUAGAGGAAGUGAAAGAGGAAGUUUGGGAUUGUGAAUCUCCUAAGGCUCCAGGGAGUGACGGAUACAACAUGAAAUACAUAAAAAAGUGUUGGGUCGAGAUUGGAAUGGAAUUCACAGCUGCUGUGAUGAGAUUUUUUGAGAUGGCGAGACUACCAGUAGACUCUAAUAUCACAUGGGUAACGUUGGCUCCGAAGUUUUUUGGGGCUAAGGAGAUAAAAGAUCUUAGACUGAUCAGUAUAGUUGGGUGUGUCUAUAAGGUUAUUUCUAAAUUGUUGACAUGA